GUCUCUGGCAAAGACAAGCAUAUUGUCGCGGUACGUACCAUGACUAUUCAGUAGGAUUCAGCCACUCUGCCGUUGAGAGUCGAAACUAGUAAUGGAUCGGACUGGAGCCAUAGAGGGGACCUCUGGCAUGGUCCAAUGAGCGAGAUCAGAUGGACAGUUACCCAUCUGGUCAAUACCCAAGGGUACUUUUGGUCUCAGGAUAUUCGUGGAGGAAUAAUGCCGAUGAGAUGGAAAGGCUGAAGCUCCAGCCAUCCCCCCCCACCGCACGGGGAGAAGCCAGUCAUGGUUGUCAGCAGGGGAUUUCUGGCGGGUGCGGCGGGAAAGCAGAAAAUAAACCAAACUCCUUUCCCCGCUUCUCCUGGCUGCAUGUUGACAUAUCAGUACAGCGGCUGUGGCAAUUGAAGAAUCUCAAAGAGAUCGCCUUAUUUCUCGAAAACAGUUAUGAAUUUGUAAUGCUGAGGAAUGAGUUGUUGGUGGGCAUAAGGAUGGUCCACAUCCGUCGAUGCUAUUGCUGGAUGCGUGGUUGGCUGCCAAGGAGAGGGGCAUUUCGAGGCGUGAAUGUUCAGAAGGAGGACAAGGGAAUACUGCCAGUUUAUAGAAAGAGUCAUCACAUGCAGUCGACACUUGACUUGUCAGAAUCGGAGGGCGUGGCUGGAAGCCCGAAACCUAAGGCUCUCCAAUGUACCUGAUAAUGAGGAGCAGGAAAAAUGAAACAGGACACGAGUCCAUGGCUCCUACGGAGUAUAUAAGAUUGGCUCGCAGACUGAGACACACGCAAAAGUAAUCCGGAGUUUGUCAUCACUCCACAGCCUCAUGAUAAGGCCUCACGGAAAGUGAUAACUGUUGAAUGCUCGCCUUUGUUUCAGACCGAAAGAACC